AUGUUCAGACGGAGACCAAGCCGUUUCGGAGAGGGUUUUUACACUCCAUUUCGUGAAAGGCUGGCGUUGAGUGGCCAUUGCGCCCGGUGGAAUGAGUCCCGUGCAAGAGGUUGCGCUUCUACUAUCCGUGAGCAGCUACGGUCGGCGACGAGGCUGGGUCGCAUGCGCGUGCUGGCCCGGGAGUUCGCGGGCGACGUGCGCUCGCUGUGGCGGUACGGAGCGCCCUUCCCGACCUUCCUUAAACUCAUCGGCACGCUCAUACUCUGCCUCCUCGUCGUGCUGCCUCUAGUAUACCCUGUGUUCGUCGUCGCAAUCACUUACUUCACUUACGAAAGCCUUUUCUUGAGCUGGUGGCUGGACGAGCCAGGGCGGUUCAUGCCGACCGCGAUAGCUCGGAGAGCGAUCUCCGCCGCAUUUCGUCCUGCCAGCACACCUGACGUGUGGAAGGUCCGUGAGGUGCUCACUCGCGGCAUCCUCCUCACGCACUCGUUAGCCACCUCCGUUGACUACCUCUGCGUCAUGCAAGGACUCCUCGAUGAAGCCUAG